CCCCGGAAGGCGGUCUGGGGUUGCGGUGGGUCGGCCGCUUGUUUAGCCUCCCGUGGAGGGGGCGGAGUCUCCCGGCCCCGGCAGACGGCGGUUCCCGUCCGCAGCAGCGCGCGGGGCCGGGGCGCGAGGGCCCGUUUCUCUUCAGCCAGGGUUCGCCCCGACGCUCCGCGGACCGAGCGCCCCGCCAUCAGGAGCCGGUGACCGUGCCCUGUUUGAUGGUCAUUCUCCUCCAGAACAGGGAUGGAGGAAAUAUCGGCUCAGGAAGCAGCAGGACCUCCAGGGGUCCAGUUUCAGCCUUUGGAGACCCACUCUGAGGGUCUGUCUCCAGAGCCUCAGUUCGUGCAGGACACCGACAUGGAACAGGGACUCACUGGGGCUCCACCUGUUCCCCAGGUGCCUGCUCUUCCCCACGAGGGAAGCCCAGGAGACCAGGCAGCUGCGCUCCUGACAGCCAGGUACCAGGAGUUUGUGACAUUCGAGGAUGUGGCUGUGCACCUUACUCGAGAGGAAUGGGGAUGCCUGGACCCUGUUCAGAGGGCUCUCUACAGAGAAGUGAUGUUAGAGAAUUAUGGGAACCUGGUCUCACUGGGCAUACUUCUCCGCCUUCCCACCACCCGGAUUCAUAGUGUGAAUUCCUGCCCGGCCCUGAGUCAUACCCAGGCAAGUGCUUUCUCUGGAGAAACACUUGCAGUCCUUUCAGCAGGAAUCUCCAAGAGAUGGCCCAGGUAUCGGCUUCCCAUCGAUAGUGCUCAGCCCUGCUCGGAAGCUCCUUUUCCACGAUUAUGAGAUAUUACACUUGAUUGAUGGAGUAGAUGCUUCUCAGGAUACCACCACUAUGUAAAAUUGCAGCUCCUCAGAUGACCUUUGAUAAAUUUCAAAGGGCCAAAGAAGCCCUCCGUUGCAACCACAAUUUUGAACCCUGAAUUCUGAGUUCAGUCAGAAGCCAUGGUUGGUGGUCCUCGACUUGUGUUCUCAGAAACCACAAAGUUCGACUCCAGCUCUUCGGUUAUGAUCUUUUCAUGUUAACUUAGACUGUGAAACAUAUACUGUGUGCCCCUCCUUUUCUGUAUUGAACUCGACCUGCCCCUUCUGUUGCCUAGAUCUCCUGAGACCCCUGGGCCUUUCUCAUAUUUAAUCGUUUAGUCUUUUGCUUCCUUUAAAUCCCCGUGGCCCCCUCCAGGGUCCUGCCUUCAUCCCCUUUAUUCUUUGUGGUGCUGUACAGAUUGAUGCAUUUAUAUGACCUUUCCUGAUCAAGUGUUCCUUAGCUUUUCCUUGAUGGAGGGGAAAUGGGAGGGCAAAAGCGUUCAAUUUCUUUAUUUCAAGCUAUCAAAUUGAAUGUAUAUUCAACAACUUGUAAAUUGUAAAGUGAUAUGUAAUUGUAAACUACUGUUAAUUUUAUCUGAUAAUUACAUAAUUUCCAACA